CAUUGCUCUGUUCCGAUGCGUGCCUGCAAAAAAUUAUUACCGCUGGAGGGAAGUUGAGCAAUUUUGGCUUUCAAAUAUCGUUAGCAGAGAAAGUUUUCAGUCUUUUCUUUUUUGCCUGCAUGAAUUUUGAUGCUACAGAUGGCGGGAAUUGCUGUUGCUGGUUCUUGUCUAUCUCCUACAUAUGCUAGCAAAUCAAGGCUAUUAGUCUCAAUUCCUGCCCAAUUGCAUAGAGAAUUCACGCCACCUCUGCCGGCAUUUAUUUCCUUAAAUCAGCGGCGACGCGAAGUACUUCCCUCCAAGUCUCUUCAAACUGCUUUGAUUAGGUGUUUCGAUACAAACAAGGCAGCCUCUGCUGAAUCUGAAGAAAAUGCAAAACCAAAUAAGGUAUAUUUUGCCAGAGAUGCAAUUGUUGAUGCUGCUGCUAGGAUAGCUCCUGCAGUCGCUAAUCUAUAUGCUCGAAAAGGAGGGCAAGAGGAAGAAGGGGAGAUGGGUUCUGGAACUGUUAUUCACGAGGAUGGCUACAUUUUAACAUGUUCUCAUCUUUUCUUCAACAAAAUGGACGUGACAUAUGCAGCUGAUGAGGAGAUUAUUGUAUGUACGCAAGACAAGGAGAUAGGCCAUGUUGUUGAUGCUUAUGUUGAUCUUGACAUUGCCAUUAUAAAGAUCGAUUCCCCAAGUUCUCCCCUUUCAACAGCAAAAGUUGGCUCAAGUAGUAAGCUUCGUCCUGGAGACUGGGCAGUAGCCAUGGGCAGUCCACUUUCCCUUCAACACACUGUUACGCUUGGGAUUAUCAGCUGUGUUCAUCGCAAGAGCUAUGAGUUGAGACGUGAAGGAAUGGCCAUGGAGUUUCUACAGACAGAUUGUGCAAUCAAUCCAGGAAAUUCUGGGGGUCCUCUCUGCAAUGUUGAUGGAGAACUAGUUGGUGUCAAUGUUGAGACUAUGAAGGCGCAUAAAGCAUCUGGAGUGAGCUUUGCUGUGCCGGUCGAUCUUAUUUCGGCAAUCAUAAAGCCCUUCCAGAGUUGUCAGAUGCCUGUACAACCAUAUUUCGGAUGGGUUAUGCGGAAUGUCCGUAAGGAGAACUUGGAAGCACUUAAACAAUAUUACCCCACGUUUCCUAAUGCUUUAGAAGGUGUCUUUGUACAAAAGGUAAUAAAAGGAUCCCCUGCUGAUCGUGCUGGCAUUCAAGCCGGUGAUGUUGUCGUGGAUUUUGAUCUACAACAAAUUCGUAACAUAAAAGAGAUGAUGGAUGUUAUGGUCAAGAGAUCUGGGACACCUGUCGAUGUAAUUGUAGAGAGACUCAUGUUGGGCAAAAAUCGCUUGGUUCAUCUGACCAUAACUUUUGAGGAGAAAGAUGUUGCUGCUCCAAGGCCUCGACUUUGAUCUCAACUUUUAUCAAAUCCUAGUUAUUUGCAGUUCAAUAAAAGUCCAAGCGGUGUGCUACCUUGGAUCGUUGACAU